AUGGUACCUCCUUUUUUCGGCUAUUCCGCAGAUGCUAUUAAAGAAGAAGUUGAGCAGCUUUCUAAUCAGCUAACAGGACCAGCAAGACACAUUGGGACAUUGGACUUUGCUGUCUUGACUUACUACAUCUCACAAAUGAAUGGGAAACAAAUAGACAUCGAUGAGCGUUAUGAGAAUCCAGCUCCCUACACUGAAGAGGAUGACGAAGACUACUCGACAGAUGAUGAGAUCCAGUAUUGUGACUGCAUCGCAUCUGCGUUGGCUCAGUCUCUUCCGGGUAUGCCAGGAAAGAAAGGUAUCAUCCCGUACGAUGCUAUCUUUGACACGCAAGCUCAAGCUCGUCGCCGGGGUUACUGGAUACCGGGUAUUCCUGUAAACGCCAAGAUUGUAAGCGUUGAGAGGAACACUAGAGAUCGGCGAAUCCAUUUCAUUAAUACCCUUCUAUAUACAAUACAGCUGGAACAUGGACAGUUCAAAUGGACUGUGGUCAGAAACUAUAAAGACUUUACUUUGCUCAAUAAUAGGCUCAGAGCUCAUCGAGCUGCACAGCAACUCCUUGCUCCAGUACGCAGAGCUACAGAACGGGUGGAUACAGUACUUGAGUCAUUCGGUAUCGACGUGAUUCCCGAUCAUAAGGAAAGCUGUGUAUAUCAUCGUCCACCAUCUAGACGAAAAUCCAGACUGCACACACUGUCGCGAGAUAAUGACGCAUUUGAAAUUAAGAAAGUAGCUCCCAUAGCGUCAUCGGAGAACACCACCACGUCACCUACUUCACCGUCAUCUGAAGAAGCAGUUCUGAAAAUGCAAGAAGCAGUGCAGUCUGGUAUCCUGCAAGAUGACGACGGAACAACUUCACCUUCAGAAACGAAAAAGAGGAGGCUUCGAACUCGCAAAAAGCACGGACUUCCUCGUUUCCCACUCAUGCCUGAUUCUAUGGUGACAAAUCUGGAAUUGAGAAAGGAUCAACUGGAACACUGGCUGCAAAUGUUGCUGCAUAUCCCCAUUAAUAGGAAUCAUCAUGAAACAGCUGAGUUUCUCGAAGUUUCUCGGUUUUCAUUCGUAAAUGAACUAGGUGGCAAGCAUACUGAAGGUUUUGUCAAAAAGCGACCGGGUGGUGCUCGAGUGUUUCUAGGAUGUAAGCAAUUUUGUGUGCGAUACCUUGUGCCUUGGAGUAAACGAUGGCUUAUGGUGAGAGAUUCGUUUGUAGCCUACAUGGAUCACAGGACAGAGCAGAUCCGUUUGGUAUUGUUGAUGGAUAGAGACUUCAAGGUAUUAGCUGGUGGUAAGGAAGCAGAUGGAAUACCAACAGGUCUCAUCAUUAUCAAUACGCAACACGAGCUCCAUCUGAAAUGUCGAAGGAUAGAGGACACGGCUCGAUGGAAAGCUAUAAUCGAACGAUCUAUGAAUGGAAUAGGAAGUAUAUGGAUUCAACCACAUCGGUUUAGCUCAUCUUUUCCAGUACGGGAGAACUGCUAUGGAAAAUGGUUUGUUGACGCUAGAACCUAUAUGGCGCAUGCUGCUGACAUGAUGGAGCUAGCCAGAGAGGAGAUCUACAUAGCUGGAUGGUGGCUGAGCCCUGAGAUUUAUAUGAAACGGCCAGCACUAGAAGGCAAUUAUUGGAGGUUGGAUGAAAUCUUGAAACGAAAGGCUAAUCAAGGGGUACGGAUUUUCAUACUUAUGUACAAAGAAAUGGAAAUGGCCUUGGGUUUGAAUAGUAUAUACAGUAAGCGAACUCUGCAAGCGCUUCAUCCCAACGUCAAGGUGUUGCGUCAUCCUGACCACUAUCCCGCGACGGGAACGUUUUUCUGGGCACAUCAUGAGAAGCUGGUAAUUAUCGACCAGUUAAUAGCUUUUGUUGGAGGAGUUGAUCUUUGCUUUGGACGAUGGGACGACAACCAACAUCUGUUGACCGAUCUUGGAUCAGUUCAGUUCGGACAACAGCAUGUUUUAGCACAAGAUAUCAAUGUGGCGAGCGGCUUGCGAGCGUUGAUCAGUGCCCCGCUGACAUUAUCACCUCUCGGUUUGGAAGAGAAUGAGAAUGUUGUACCUAGAGAAGAAAAUAGUCUGAAGAAAAUUGAAAAGAUUGACGAAAGGCCAGAGGGAGGAUUAGAACUUCCGCAGAAGGAAGGUAUAUCAGAUAAUCCUGAUAAAAACGGAAAGGAACAUCGUCGUGUGACAAAAAUUGCCAUUAUUGGGGAAGAGGUGCUUGCUGAUGUGGAUACGGGCGGAGUUAUGCUGAAGGUUAGCAAAAAAGGAACUCGUUCUGUCUCUGCGGAUUCUCCUCGGAGGUCUCCAUCUUAUGCCAGCGAUAUGCCUUCAUCUUCGCCGAGGCCUUCUCCUUCCCCGACGGGUACCGGCUCUAGAUUAGCUGCAGUUGCUGGAAAAAAGCCAAGUUUCCUAACUGUGGUUGAAGAUGCAAAAGGGAAAAAGCAUGUUCGUAGAGCUGCAUCAUCCGCUACUCGUAAAGUUCCACUCGAGAUGCUCGAUAAAGCGGGACCGGCACCAUCUAUGUUCGAGAAAGCGACAAAGUUGGGGCUGGAUUAUCAGACAGCUGCUGAAAAAUACAAGGAGUACGUUGAGAGUGGAGCUGUGCAGAAGGAGAAGCAUCGCUCGCAAACACCGCCCAUGAAGAGGAAAGAAAGCAGGUUGACACGAGCUGUAGAGAACUGGAGAAGUAAUCGAGCAAAACGGAAGUGGAAACAGGUGCUGGAUUCUGAUGAAGUCAUGGCAGGCUACGAACUAGACUUCCUUCGCCUGAAAGAGAUGGACACAGAAGAUAAAGAUACUGUAGAUGGCGGUUUCAAGUUAUGGAUAGGCAAAGACUACGUCAACUACGUUCGCAAGGAUUUCAUUGAUGUCGAUUUACCCUUCCACGACUUCAUUGACCGAGGAACAACUCCACGAAUGCCCUGGCACGACAUUCAUUCUGUAACCUUUGGCGAUGCAGCUAGGGAUGUUGCCAGACAUUUUAUACAGCGGUGGAAUGCAACGAAAACGGAGAAGUGUAAGGAUGACACUAAUUACCCUUAUCUGCUCCCGAAGAGCCAUGAGAACCUUAAAGUACCACGAGUGUUUAGAAACCCUGACUUCAGCUAUAACGUGAAUAUUCAGGUGCUACGGUCCUUAUCAAAUUGGUCUGGUUUGAUAAACCAAACUGAAGAUUCUAUACAAAUGGCAUAUCUUUCUCUUAUUGCUAAUUCUAAGCAUUAUAUCUACAUUGAAAAUCAGUUUUUUGUCUCAAUGGUUGAUUCAAACGACGUGCUCAACGAAAUCUGUAAGGUGAUCUGCAAUCGUGUUAAACGGGCGUAUAAGGAUAAAGAACCCUUCAAGGUGUAUAUUUUGCUCCCGCUCAUGCCUGGUUUCGAAGGAAAUGUUGGUGCUCCGGGUGGUUCUGCUCUACAAGCAGUUUUACAUUGGACAUAUCGGUCGCUCAGUCGUGGACCAAAUUCCCUAUUUGAACAAUUGAAAUCGGUCGUUCCCAACCCGCAUGAGUACAUCUCUGUUUGUUCAUUACGGACUUACGAUAUGCUUUGUGGAAAAUUGAUGUCUGAACUCAUCUAUAUCCAUUGCAAACUGCUUAUCGUUGAUGACGAGCAUGUAAUCAUCGGGUCCGCUAACAUUAAUGAUCGGUCUCAGGUGGGUAACCGAGAUUCUGAAGUGUGCCUCUUAUUUACGGAUACUCAAAAAGAGAAAUCAGUGAUGAAUGGACGACCAUACGAAGCGGGAAAGUUCGCAAAAUCCUUGCGACUGCAGUGCAUGAAAGAACACUUGGGCCUCCUUCCUGACUCUCGAAGGCCUGCGAAGUUCAAGUAUGAUGUCUCAUGCGAUGAUCCAGUUUCCGAAUCAUUCUUUGUGGAUGUCUGGCAGAAGACUGCACACUCUAAUAUGAACAUAUAUGAAGAGGUAUUCCGCGCGUAUCCUACUGAUAAUGUGGAAACUUUCGAAGAGUUCGAGAAGUGGACAACUCAGAUGCCAUUGGCGGAAUAUUCGCCACAACAAGCUCAGGAGAAACUUAGGGAUCUAAAUGGAGUUUUGGUAGAAUUCCCGCUCAAUUUCCUCUGCAAAGCAAAUUUAACGCCAGGAUACACUUCAAAAGAGGGUCUCGUACCGAGUGCAGUCUUUACCUGAUGAGCUUCUUUGCCCUAUGCUAGGUCGCUACCUCUUAGUAUCUGUACAUUUUUUGUAUCAGUUGAUCUUUACUUCUUUUGCAUCACCAAUUUCAUGCUUCAAGCUUUGCUGCACCGUACCCUUGUACUCACUGUUGUUGACACCUUCGUGUAAUCUCUACAGUAUUCGUGCCAAAGUAUUGAUUUUAAAACGAUUUUCUGUUUUAUGUCGCCUUGCAUCACUGCACCAAUAUGGUUUGCACUUUAUAAUCUAAUUUAUUUGUAUAUCCCAGAUGUUUCCUACUGCCACUACUUUCGA